ACAAACGUUGUGAAGAGCGUUUACGGGUGCGAAAGUGCGCAAGGUGUACGCAGUGAUUGAUUGCAUAAUUUUCGCAUUUUUUUGUGAGCUAUUAAGUUAUAGUUUCGCGCAUGAUUGCUGAUUUCCUCACACAAAAUUAAAAGAAAAAAAAACGGUGUUAUUUUUAAAUUAUCUCAAGUGUGUACUUUCGGCAGGGUUGCCCAGCUGGUGAUAUCCCGUUAGGAUAUGAAGUUCAAUGAAUGAAAAUCACAUCCGAAAAUUAAGUCAAUGUGUUGGUUCUGAAGCAUAGCCUGCGUCGAGCAACUGACGCACUGAUCGUUCAAUAGUUGCUUACACAUUCAGUGAACAGUCUGGAACGAUGGUUAUACCAGGAAUUCCGUUUAUAAAGCUGGUCCCGCUUCUCGGGGGGUCAGCACUCAAAGCUGCACCAGCCGUGACCGCGGUCACGGCUACGGUCGCUGCGGCCAUCAAGACCGCCACUACAAUAGUGGGCGUGGGAAAACUUGCCAUCAUACCCAUACUAAUAGCGUCGUUAGCAUAUUAUAAUUACGAUUUAUUCGACCCGGAGAAUCGACCAUUCAACAUGAAACAAGUCGAUCGGGAGUAUGAUUUCAUCGUCGUCGGAGCCGGCUCGGCCGGAGCCGUUGUGGCAUCCCGGUUGUCGGAGAUUAACGACUGGCGGGUAUUGCUGUUGGAAGCAGGCGGUCAUGAAACGGAGAUUUCGGAUGUGCCAAUUUUGUCUCUGUACCUACACAAAAGCAAGUUGGACUGGAAGUACAGAACUCAGCCCCAAAAAACGGCAUGCCAGGCUAUGAAGGAAAACCGGUGCUGUUGGACCCGAGGAAAAGUACUGGGUGGAUCGUCCGUGCUCAACACCAUGCUGUACGUGCGGGGGAAUAAGCGAGAUUUCGAUCUCUGGGCUGCAUUAGGAAAUCCCGGAUGGGGUUACGAAGAUAUUCUUCCCUACUUCAGGAAAUCGGAAGACCAACGGAAUCCCUACCUUGCACGCAAUAAAAGACAACAUGGAACUGGUGGCCUUUUAACAGUCCAGGAUUCGCCCUAUCUAACACCGCUGGGAGUUUCAUUUUUGCAGGCUGGAGAAGAAAUGGGAUAUGACAUCGUAGAUGUAAACGGAGAACAACAAACCGGAAUCGCAUUUUUCCAGUUUACGAUGCGUCGCGGAACCAGGUGCAGUUCAUCAAAGGCAUUUUUAAGACCGGUGCGAAAUCGUAAAAAUUUGCAUGUUGCUUUGUACUCCCAUGUUUCCAAAAUAAUUAUGGACCCCUCCAACAAGCGGGCUUUAGGCGUGGAAUUUAUACGAGAUGGGAAGAAGCAGGAAGUUUAUGCAACCAGAGAGGUCAUUCUUUCCGCAGGCGCAAUCGGAACUCCACAUAUCAUGAUGCUUUCAGGAAUUGGACCACGGGAAAACUUGGAACAGGUUGGAGUUCCAGUGCUGCAUGAUUUGCCUGGGGUUGGACAAAAUCUACAGGAUCACAUUGCAGUUGGUGGUUUGGUAUUUCGGGUCGAUCAACCCAUAUCUGUUAUAAUGAAUCGGCUUGUCAAUCUGAAUUCUGCUAUUCGAUAUGCCGUUACCGAGGACGGACCAUUGACAAGCAAUAUUGGAUUGGAAGCGGUAGCUUUUAUUAACACAAAAUAUGCUAAUCAAUCCGACGACUGGCCAGAUAUAGAGUUUAUGUUAACAAGCGCGUCGACCCCAUCCGAUGGCGGUGACCAGGUGAAGAAGGCUCACGGCCUAAAGGAUGAGUUCUACGAUUACAUGUUCAGCGAAAUCAAUAACAACGACGUAUUCGGAGUAUUCCCGAUGAUGUUGCGACCCAAAAGUCGAGGUUUCAUCCGCUUGCAAUCUAAAAACCCUCUAAGAUAUCCUUUACUCUACCAUAACUACCUUACACACCCUGAUGAUGUGGGUGUGCUGCGUGAAGGCGUCAAAGCAGCAAUUGCUUUCGGCGAAACCCAAGCCAUGAAACGCUUUGGAGCUCGUUUCCAUAGCAAACAGGUGCCAAACUGUAAGCACUUGCCAGAGUUCACCGAUGAGUACUGGGAUUGUGCUAUUCGCCAGUACACGAUGACCAUUUACCACAUGAGCGGGACGGCGAAAAUGGGUCCUCGUGAUGAUCCAUAUGCGGUAGUGGAUAACAAACUACGAGUUCAUGGCAUCAAAGGUCUUCGGGUUAUCGAUGCCAGUAUUAUGCCACGAAUCACAAGUGGCAACAUUAAUGCCCCAGUUAUCAUGAUCGGGGAAAAAGGUGCCGAUCUCAUCAAAGAACUGUGGCUACAAGGAUCUUCGGCGUACACCAGAAGGGGGAAGCGGGAGCGUAAUCAAUCAGUAAACAAUACUAGUGACUGUACCCAUGGUAACAGUACCUCGAAAACCAGUACCAGUGUAGUAAACGAGACGACGAUUAGCUAGGGAAAAUAAAAUUUAAAUUUUGUGGAAUAAUUAAGCACAAUUUAUUAUAGGGUUAACCAACAAGCCAAAAGAUUUUUUCAUUAGGUUGUUUUCUUUUGAUAAUUUUUGUUCACAUCUGUGUAGAUAUUUUUCCUUCUAUUUUUACUCUAACUAAUCAUACGUUCCUUCCGAGUCCGAAAGUCAUGUGUAAAUUACUUAAGCAUUAUUGUGAAAUCAUGAAUCAAAUGAUGAAAAU